AUGAGCGAUCGAAAGUUGAGUCCGCUUGAUGAUGGUGAGCUCUCUGACGAUAGUGCUAACCAAAGCCGAGCACAAAGUUUACUUUAUUUUUUUCUUUUAGUCAAUUUAUGUCGAACUUCAGGUUCUUCUCGCUUUUCUGAUGAAGACGGUCAACCAAAAUUGAAACGCCAGGAACAAGAAGAAAAGUCCAAUAAAGGUGUGGUUACUUACCAGGGAACGUUUUUUACCCCCCGGUUGAACUUUCGCUGAAACUUUGCUUAAGUGUACUUUAGGACCUCCUGAUUCCAGAACAAGAAAAAAAUUUCUCGCAAUAGAUCUUGUUUCUGAGUUUUGGAGCUUCAAAGUGUGCAAAAUACGCAAAUUAGGCCAAAAAAGCGCUAUUUCGGGCUUUUGAAGUGUCCUAACUCGAAAACGAAAUCUAUUGCGAGAAAUUUUUUUCUUGUUCUGGAAUCAGGAGGUUCUAAAGUACACUUCAGCAAAGUUUCAGCAAAAGUUCAACCGGGGGGUAAAAAACGUUCCCUAGUUAGAAACAACUGAAAGGGCUACUAUUCAGACAAAGAAGUCGAAAUGAGAAAUAAACUCGUUCAUAAGUACAGCAAACAUAGAGGUCGAGAUGAUGAAGAGGACGAAAUGUUCACUAUUCAGCCAAGCGAUGCAGUAAGCUUCUUUUGAGUCUUCCGGAAAGUUUUUAUACGUUUUAGCAACGCGCGAAAGAUCAAAUACUCAAAAAAGACGCGGAAAGAGAACAAGAGCGCAAAAAGCUUGCUUCUGAACGGCGGGAUAAAGAGGAAAGGGCAAAUCGAAACCGAGAUCCUGAGCCACAGAGAAAUCGAGAAGCAAAGGGUAUUUUAACCUUUUUUUCGUCAUUUUUGUUGUUUUUUCAGCGACUGGUCGGGAUCGAGAACGUUCAGAUCGCAAUAUCAGACAUGAUGAUAGACAUCGACAUCGCGAAGUGAGUUCAAGUGCUUCCAUUAGAGAUUGGCGACAGCGAAGUUGCUAGAAUGCAAUUUAGAAGGAAAAGGCUUCAGUUUUCAUGAUUCUUUGCAGGAUCGCAAGCCAAUUUCUGCACCGCAUUCUUCUCACAGUCGCGAUCGGUCUUCAGAUAAAAACAGGCGCAAAAUUCAUGAAAGGAAACACAAAAGAAAAACGUCAGUUUUCUUUUCUCAGUUUCUUGACACUCUUCCUUUUUUUUAGCAGCUCAUCUCCCGAAGAUGUUCGAGAAAGACCGCGAGAAGAAAAACACAAACACCGCUCUCCUCAUAAGAAAAGGCAUCUGAAAGAAGACGUCGAGACUUCGGAAAUCAGUGAGAUUCCAUUCAAUUUCUUCGCCAAUACAUGCUUGCAGGUGUGAAAAAGCGCACGGAAAUACAUGCGGAGAGAACCGUGACCGAAGUGGAAGUGGUUGAAGUUCGUGAAGAAUAUUUUGUCGAAGAUGAGCCCGCAAAGUCUCCCAUUCCACAGGAUGAACGUUUGUUAUCUGUUUCUUUCAAUUCAAAAAAAAGUUUCAGAAAUAACGUCGUUCACUUUGGAUUCUCCAGCUGGUCCCAAGAAGUACUCAAAGUUCGAGAGUAGUCCCGAGCCGGAGCCAGCUACUCCAGACCUCUCUGAUGUUGAGAAUUCUCCUGGGACCAGCGAGAGUUGGUUCUUCAUCCUUCUUUCAUAUUUUUUCCAAGCUAUAGUUUUUUUUUUCAUUCACCGAUUAACAGGGGGAAUAGAUGAUGACGACGUCCUUGAAGAGGAUGAGGCGGAAGAUGAGCUUCCUUUUGAUACGGAGAACGUCAAGUGGGAAGAACUCAACGCCGAUCAAAAGUCCAUGGUGAGAGAGUCAAAAGCGAGAACGAGAUGAGUUUUUUUUUUCUUUCAGUUAGCCCCAGAUACGCGGAAGAAGUUGGAAGACGAAUAUCAAAAUCGGUUGAGAUCGCAACUGCCGGUUUUCUAUCCAGGUCGGUAUUGUCCCGACCUUUUCAGAAAAACGGAAAUGGUAUAGUACUGCUUACCAUUUAGAUAUGAGCUUUUUUUAAUCAUCUAAAAAGCUAUUCAGACCAUUUCAGACAAAAAUGGCUAAUCUUUGUUACGAAAAUUGAAAAAAAAGCUUUUCUCAUAGUCUAAAACUCAAUAGCUCUAGAUGUUAACGAUGGAAAUCAAAAGUACUGAAAAACUACAAAGAUUCGAUUUUUUUUUUUCAGUCAUUAUUCUGAACAUUUUGAAGGUUUCAUGGGCUGUCGGAAUGUGGCCGAAUAUGAAUGCGUCAAUCGCGUCGAGGAGGGAACUUUCGGCGUAGUUUAUCGAGCAAAAAACAAAAGAACAGGUUGAAAUCCCGGUGAAUCCUCAUUUCGUUUUUGUUGCUCCAGAUGAGAUCGUCGCGUUGAAGAGAUUGAAAAUGGAGAAAGAAAGAGAAGGUUUUCCGAUAACUUCUCUCCGCGAAAUAAACAUGCUUCUGAAGGCUGGGAACCAUCCAAAUAUAGUCAAUGUGGGUUUUCAAACAUAGUCCAGGUGUCAAAGGAUUCUUCUACAGGUAAUCGAAGUUCUGAUUGGCUCGAACAUGGACAAGAUUUACGUGGCGAUGGAAUUUGUGGAGCACGAUAUGAAGAGUCUUAUGGACACGAUGCAUCGCAAAAAUAAGUUCUUCACCGUUGGUACGCUUUUUUGAAACAUUUGUAUGGUCAUUUUUGUUCGAACAAUAAUUCAUUCUACUGUAUUCUGACGAGAGGAUCGAAUACAUCUUUUAAAAAAUAUCGAAUUCUUAUAAAACGAUUUAAAUACACCAAAGGCUUGUAAAAAUAUCACACAGUUCAAAGAUUACUUUUUUUGUUAUUGAUAAGUUGUUCUUUUUUUAACUCGAUUUUUUUGAAAUAUACUAUUAUUUACAGUGAAAAUCAAUGCAGGAUCUGCUCGGAGUGCAAUUUUUAUUUAUAAGUAGUCCGAGCAGAAUUAAAUAAAGAAGGGUAAAAAAGUCUUGAGCAAUAAUAGAAAACAGAAUGAUUGAAGAUAUAAAGAAGGCUUUUUCUAGAUUUUUUCUUUAACCGAAACGAUCGCAUUUCAGGACAGCAAAAGACUCUACUGCAUCAGCUUCUGUCGGGACUCGACCACAUGCACAAACUCUGGAUUUUGCACCGAGAUCUCAAAACUUCCAAUCUGCUUCUUUCUCACAAAGGAAUCCUCAAGGUAUGUUUUCGAAUCGAUCGAAAUGACAUAUUCAGGGGAAAAAGAUAGUUUUGAUCUUGGUUGUUUUUUCAUAACUUCAUUGCUGCGUAAUAAGUGCUCUGAAAGAAAAGUUUUUCAGAAGACUCAUUCAGAGCCGGAUAACUAAGAUGACUUCUUCCUCUGGUUGUUCUAAAUUUUUUUUUUCGUAUCGUCUCUCAGUAAUAGAUUACCAGCUCUAACUUUAUGCAGAUUGAUAUCAAUUUGUCAAGUUGCAAUAAAGAUUUAUUUUUGGAUUACAAGUCUACAUGGAUAUGACAGAAUAAACUUUUUAAAAGGCUAGAGCGUUUCGUUGUUUUCAUCUCCUCACUUUGACCGCAAAAUUUGAACUAAGCUCCUUAGGUUAGGCAUAUUAUAAAUGAGCCCGAGAAAUUUUUCAACACCGUUUCAUAGUUUCUCCAUAGUAAUUCUUUUAUAACUACUUUUUUUAUCAGAUUGCCGACUUUGGCCUGGCGCGAGAAUAUGGCGACCCUCUGAAGCCGUUCACUUCGAUUGUGGUCACCCUGUGGUACCGUUCCCCAGAACUUCUCCUGGGACAAAAGGUUCUAUUUCUUUUGCUCCUUUAAUAUAUUUAUUUUAGCUCUACUCGAGGCCGAUCGACUUGUGGAGCGUCGGCUGUAUAAUGGCCGAGUUCAUACUCCUCAAGCCACUCUUCAUGGGCAAGGGAGAGUGUGAGCAGAUCAAAAAAAUAUUUUUGGUCGGUGAAUAUCAUUGCGACUUCAUAUAUAAUUUUUUCAGGAACUAGGAACUCCCACCGAGCAAAUUUGGCCAGGUGUGUCUGAACUUCCCGGUAUGAAGCAGGUCAGUGAAAGUUUGCGAGUUUUCCUAGGUAGAAGACAGCUUCAAAAUAUUUUUUAUAGGGUUCUUUCGGAAACUUCACGUACAACCAGCUCCGCAAAAAGUUCAAGGCGGCGGUACUCAACGAGUCCGGAUUCCAACUGAUGGGAAGGUCGGUUGGAUUUCGGUUUUUUUUCCCCUUUCUAUUGUUAAUUAAAACGUGAGUCAUACAAAAAUUUUUCAACGUUCCGAUUUUUACCCCUUACUCUCACAUAUUUUUCCAGCCUGGACCUAGCUCCAAUUUUUUUGUUUUCUAACCAAAAAACCUUCUCUGUCGAGCUCCUUUUCUUAAUCUUCACGAAAUCUUCCAACUAUUCUACUUCUAGGCUGUUGACAUACGACCCUCAGCAGAGGAUAACUGCUGCAGAGGCUAUCCAACACAAGUGGUUUACGUAUGUUUUGUCGCUUUAUUAGAAGAACUAAUUCAAACUUCAUCAGACAAAAAAAAAUGAUGGUUGUUUUUCUAGAGAAGAUCCCCAACCGACGCCUCCAGAAAUGUUCCCGACGUUCCCUGCCAAGAGCGAACAGAACAAAGCGCCGCCCCAAUCUGCUGAGAAACGAGAGAACGCCUAUGAGAAGAUUCUUGUGAGUGAAAAAAGUUUGAAAUUGACUCAAAAUGGUUUUGUUCCAGAACCCAGAGACAGCAAAGUUGUUCAAGGAACUCAAGGUCAGACCGGAACACGUAUCCAGUGGCGGAUUUUCAUUGAAGUUUGACAAAGCUCGUUUUUGA